AUCGUCAGCAAGACAACAAAAGUUGUCAUUAAAUCAAAUUUGAUUUUCAAAAUGAAGAGAAAGCUCGACGAGAACGAUGUGCCAUCGACGGAGGUAGCAGAAGCCGUCAGUCAAAAUGAAUCCACCUUUGAGACGCUCAAUCUCGACCCGCGAAUUCGCCAAGCGCUGGUGAAGGAGAAAUUCUCCAAGCCGACACUUGUGCAAGCCCAGGCUAUCCCACUUGCCCUCGAGGGUAAGGAUAUUUUAGCCCGAGCGAAAACCGGUUCUGGCAAGACCGCCGCAUAUGUUCUCCCAAUUCUUCAAUCCAUUCUUCGAAGAAAAGCCAACGAGCCUUCGUUGAAAGCGACGUCUGCCCUUAUUCUUGUCCCGACAAGAGAACUGGCCGACCAGGUGCAGCGGGUUGCUACUUCGUUUUCAUCUUUUUGCGGCAAGGAUAUUCGCGCAGUCAACCUCACUCAGAAAGUUUCAGAUGCAGUCCAACGUGCAAUGCUUGCGGAUUUCCCGGACAUCGUCAUCUCCACACCGGCCCGUGUUCUGGCGAACAUUAACAGCUCUGCACUGUCUCUCAACGAACUCACGCAGCUGGUCAUUGACGAGGCUGAUUUGGUACUGUCGUAUGGCUACGAAGAUGAUAUCAAUGCCCUUUCCAAAGCCGUGCCUCGAGGUAUUCAGACAUUUCUGAUGAGCGCAACGCUUACCGCCGAGGUCGAUACUCUGAAAAGUCUGUUCUGUAGGAACCCUGUGAUUCUUAAAUUGACCGAGGCCGGGGAUGAAGGAGGCGGCAUUUCGCAGUUUGCUGUUCGAUGUGCCGAAGACGAGAAAUUCCUACUCACAUACGUCAUCUUCAAACUGGAGCUUGUCAAGGGUAAAUGUAUCAUCUUCGUCGGCGACAUCGACCGAAGCUAUCGUUUGAAGCUCUUCUUGGAGCAGUUUGGUAUCAAGAGCUGUGUCCUAAACUCGGAACUGCCUGCGAAUUCUCGAAUACACGUUGUUCAAGAGUUCAACAAAGGCGUUUACGACAUCAUCAUUGCCGCCGAUGACCAAGAAGUCUUGGGUACAAAGAAGAGUAAAAAACCAUCUGCUUCCAAGGACGGUGCAUCCAACGACGUUGAUGACGCGGAAGCAGAAUUCGAAGAAUCUAGCGACGACGAAGCCGCUCAGGAACCGUCGACAAAAACACCCAGCAACAAGAAACAGAAAUUAACUGGCAAACAAAAAGACUAUGGCAUCUCCCGCGGCAUUGAUUUCCAGAACGUCGCAUGUGUUCUAAACUUCGACCUCCCGACAACCUCCAAAUCCUACACACACCGCAUCGGACGUACCGGACGCGCUGGCAAAACAGGCAUGGCACUGUCCUUCAUCAUACCCAAGGAAGAAUUCGGCAAGCACAAACCCACCAGUUACCCAACUGCAAAACACGACGAAGCCGUACUGGCCAAGAUCAUCAAACGGCAAUCCAAACUGGGCCAUGAAGUCAAACCCUACCAUUUCGAAAUGAAAAAAGUCGAUUCCUUCCGAUACCGCAUGACGGACGCGCUUCGUGCCGUCACCCGUCUGGCAGUGCAAGAGGCCCGCGCCCGCGAAAUCCGGCAGGAAUUGAUCAAGUCAGAGAAACUACGUCGGCAUUUUGAGGAGAACCCGGAGGAGCUGCGCCAGCUGCGACAUGAUGGUGAGAUCCGCGCCGUCAGGGUUCAGCCGCAUCUCAAGCAUGUGCCGGAUUAUCUGAUGCCUUCGAAGGGUAAAAAGGGCCUGGUGGCUACGGGGUCUGAGGGGUAUGUUGGGAUUGGGAAGACGAGUGAGAAUCGGAUUCGUAAGGCAAGGGAGAGGAAUAGGAAUAAAGGCAGACGAGGUGGUGCUGGAGGACGUAAGGCGGAUCCGUUGAAGACUUUUAAUGCAAAGGGAAGGAAGAAGUAAAUAUUCUAUUGCAUACGUCGGAGAUAUUGACAAUGGGUGUAAAUAAAUUAUUUGCAGAGCAGUUACGAGCGAGAUAAAACAUACCACUUUUA